AGCAGGGGACGAUGCGAUCGGGGCAAUUUGCAGCGACAGUCUGCGUUCUUCUUAGAAACAGAGGUUAGGGGAGAGAAAAUAACCGGCGAGAGAGAGAGAGUGUGUGCGCGCUAGUCACUGAGUAAGGUGAAUCCAAGAGAGAAGUUUGUCGGAGAGAUCCAAUGCCUUGCUAAUCUGCGAGAUCCGUUUUUGAAUCUUAUCAGUGGAAGAUGAAAGGCGGCGGCGGCGGCGGUGGGAAGAGGCGGUGGAAAGGCCUGGUGAUCGGAGUCUUGGUUCUUGUGAUCCUCUCCAUGCUCGUUCCGCUUGCUUUUCUUCUCGGCCUCCACAAUGGCUUCCACUCUUCUGGAUUCGUCACUCUUCAGCCCUCUUCUGCUUCUAAUGAUGGGUUUAGGCAAUUCGAUAGCUUUGGUAGAACAAAUGAUUCCAAAGUCUCCAAGAGCGAAUCAGAUCAUGUCGACGAGGUUCUCAGAAAGCUUGUGCCAGUACUUCCUAAGGUUCCUAAGGAUGUGGAGAAAAUAAAGGGUUUAGGAGAUAUAAAUGAGAGCAGCACUGAGGAAGAUGCAAGAAGAGGAUUACCAGUGCCGUCAAAUGUUGUGCCCAGCCCUGUGUCUACCUCGAACACUAUAGAUGGUGCCCCAACUAAAGAAAUUCAGCAUACAAUGGUGAACGCCGACGAAACUGGGAAAGCUUGUCAAGUGAAGUACGGAAGCUACUGCCUCUGGAGGGAAGAAAACAAGGAACCGAUGAAAGACACUAAUGUGAAGAAAAUGAAGGAUCAACUAUUUGUGGCUAGGGCAUAUUAUCCCAGCAUUGCUAAGAUGCCAUCACAAAGCAAGUUGACUCGUGAUAUGAAACAAAAUAUUCAAGACUUUGAGCGUAUUCUAAGUGAAGGUUCGGCUGAUACUGAUCUUCCGCCACAGAUCGACAAGAAGUUGCAAAAGAUGGAAGAUGUAAUAUCCAAGGCAAAAUCUUUUCCAGUCGACUGCAACAAUGUUGACAAGAAACUGAGACAGAUCCUCGAUUUGACUGAUGACGAGGUUAGUUUUCACAUGAAACAGAGUGUGUUUCUCUACCAACUCGCUGUACAGACAAUGCCCAAGAGUCUUCAUUGUUUGUCUAUGAGACUAACCGUGGAGUAUUUCAAGUCCCCUUUACCCGAUGUGGAUCUUUCUAUCGCUAAGAAAUCUACAGAUCCAUCGUUGUAUCACUAUGUUAUAAUCUCCAACAAUGUACUCGCAUCAUCUGUUGUGAUCAACUCAACAGUUUCACAUGCAAGGGAUAGCAAAAAUCUGGUUUUUCAUGUGCUGACAGAUGAGCAGAACUACUUUGGGAUGAAAGAAUGGUUCUUCAGGAAUCCCUGCAAGGUUGCUUCAGUUCAAGUAUUAAACACUGAGAAACUCGAUUUGGAAAAUCACGAUUUACAUCUCUCUUUGCCUGUGGAGUUCCGUGUUUCUUUCCGCCAUAGUACACACUACUUAACCAUUUUCUCGCAUUCACACUAUCUUCUUCCCAAGAUAUUCCCGAACUUGGAGAAGGUUGUGGUUCUGGACGACGAUGUUGUUGUCCAGCGAGAUUUAUCUCCCCUAUGGGACCUUGAUUUGGAAGGGAAAGUGAAUGGUGCUGUCAGGACAUGCUCUUUGAGGUUAGGCCAGUUGAAGAGCCAUAUCGGGGGAGGCAGUUUUGAUGACAAUGCUUGUCCUUGGAUGUCCGGAUUGAACAUAAUCGAUCUCGGUAAAUGGAGAGAAUUCGGUGUGUCCGAAACAUACCAGAGAUUGGUGAAAGAGCAGAUGAAUGCCAGAGACAAGUCGAGUGAAACUAUCUCACUACGGGCAAGCUUGCUCACAUUCCAGGACCUAGUUUAUCCCCUGGAUAACACAUGGGCUCUAUCCGGGCUUGGUUAUGACCACAGUGUCAGCGCCCAGGCCAUAAAAGAUGCAGCCAUCUUGCAUUACAACGGGAACAUGAAGCCGUGGCUCGAGCUGGGGAUCCCUAAAUACAAACCCUACUGGAAAAAGUUUCUGAAUCGCAAAGAUCAAUUCUUGACUGAUUGCAACGUGAAUCCUUGAACAAGGGUACCCCGCGAAUUCGGGUGAUGCUCGAGAAGUCAUAUGUACCGGGAGAACCUUGAGUUGGAAGAAGUGGGUAUGUUUUUUCUGGGUAAAUAAAAAUGGAUACGAAAUUUUGUUCACGUUGUGGAAAAUGCAGAAGGGGGAUGGAUCAGAGAGCUGAGGCAGACAGAGUCAGUGACUAAACGAACAACUGAAUGAUGUGGAGAUUUCGUCAUUUUACAGGAGGUGCUGAAGACAAUUCCGUCUUGUAUAUGAUAUGUUGGCUUCGGACAUAGACGCCUGAGAUGCCUUAUUCUUUCUUCAGAUCUUACACCCUUUUUCUCGUCUCGAAAUAUUAUUGCUACUCAUGUAUUCUUUUUUUUUGUUAAUCGGACACAUUUCUUCGCACUGUACUCCCCAAGACUCUGUGUAGUGAUGAUAAGUAGUGUC